UCUCAUUGAGCUCCCACACCAUGAGAACUCACGCGACUUCAUUUCAUCACGCUUUCAUAAUUUUCUUCCUCCAUCCUCGGCUCCGAUAUCUCUUUCUACUACUACUCGUGCAAGCGCUCGCAAUCUCAGUAGCACAGACUCCUCCUUUCUCAUGCGAUCCUUCUAACCCAUCAACCCGAACCUUGACAUUUUGCGAUGAGGCAUUGCCCAUCGACAAGAGAGUGGACGACUUGAUCAUGAGGAUGAGCUUGGAGGAGAAGGUUCCUCAGCUGGGGGAUGUGGCGGCCGCCAUCCCAAGGCUCGGCGUGCCGAGCUACAAGUGGUGGUCGGAGGCGUUACACGGAGUGUCGAGUUGGGGGCGUGGCAUCCACUUCAAUGCCACCGUUAGGGCAGCCACCAACUUCCCUCAAGUCAUCCUCACUGCUGCCGCCUUCAACCCUCAGCUCUGGUAUAAGAUUGGCCAGGCUAUUGGGAAUGAAGCUCGUGCAAUUUACAACGUUGGGCAAGCCGAGGGGCUCACGUUUUGGUCGCCCAACGUGAACAUAUUCCGGGAUCCAAGAUGGGGCCGAGGGCAAGAGACCCCCGGCGAGGACCCCACGACGGCGAGCAAGUAUGCCGUCGCCUUCGUAAGAGGCCUCCAAGGCGACGCCUUCAGAGGCGACAAGUCUCCACGGCUCAAGGCCUCCGCUUGCUGCAAACACUACACGGCCUACGACAUGGACAACUGGAAGGGGAAUGUGAGAUACACAUUUGAUGCCAGGGUAACAGCUCAAGACAUGGAAGAUACUUACCAGCCUCCUUUCAGAAGCUGCGUGAAGGAAGGUGGUGCGAGCUGUGUCAUGUGCUCAUACAAUAAAGUUAACGGAGUGCCGACUUGUGCCGAUUACAAUCUUCUCACCAAAACUGCAAGAGGUUCAUGGGGUUUCGACGGGUACAUUGCCUCGGACUGUGACUCAGUCGCUCUCAUUUAUGGCGCCCAUGGCUAUGCCAAGUCGCCUGAAGAAGCAGUCGCAGAUGUUCUCAAAGCCGGAAUGGACAUGAACUGCGGCGACUACGUGCAGAAAUAUGCUGCGUCUGCAGUCCAAAAGCAACUGCUUUCUGAGGCGGACAUUGACAGGGCCCUGCGCAACCUCUUCUCUUUGAGGAUGAGGCUCGGCCUCUUCAAUGGCGAUCCGCAGUCUCAACCUUCUGGGAGCAUCUCGGCCAGCCAAGUCUGCUCGAAAGAGCACCGGGAUUUGGCACUAGAAGCGGCUCGAGACAGCAUCGUCCUCCUCAAGAACAGAGCCAAUCUCCUGCCUCUUUCCAAGUCCAAAGUCAGAUCGCUCGGUGUGAUUGGUCCCAACGCCAAUAUCGGAUAUAAACUGCUGGGUAACUAUGGCGGGCCUCCUUGCGAAGUCAUCACUCCGCUCGGAGCACUACAGAGCUACGUGAGUGAUACUAGGUAUGUGGCAGGGUGCGCCACCACUGCAUGCAGCACUACCAGCUCCAAAAACGAAGCUGUGCAGUUAGCAAGGUCAGUCGAUUACGUGGUCAUGAUCAUGGGGCUGGAUCAGGAUCUGGAGAGCGAGGGCCUCGACAGGGUAGACCUCCUGCUCCCCGGCAUGCAGCAAACCCUCAUAAGAAGCGUCGCGAGAGCCGCAAAGAGACCCAUCGUCCUGGUGUUGCUGUGCGGCGGCCCUGUCGACAUCACGUUUGCAAAGGUUGAUAAGAGGAUUGGAGGCAUCUUGUGGGCUGGUUAUCCUGGGGAAGCAGGUGGAUUAGCAAUCUCACACAUAAUUUUUGGCGAUCAUAAUCCAGGGGGGAGACUACCUGUUACUUGGUAUCCGCAGAACUUCACCAGAGUGCCGAUGACAGACAUGAGAAUGAGAGCAGAUCCGGCCUCUGGAUACCCCGGCCGCACCUACCGGUUCUACACUGGAAAACCUGUUUACAGAUUUGGCUUUGGCCUCAGCUACUCCAACUACUCCUACCACUUCCAUGCCAAAUCUAGGACUUCAAUCUACCUGAACAACUCAAUCUCUCUUCGCACCUCAACGACAUCAGGCAUUCCUAUACAUGACAUCAAAAGUUUAGGCUCCAGCACAUGCAGAAGCCUGGAGUUCUCAGCUACAGUCAGCGUUACGAACCACAGUCCCAUGGCAGGUAAGCAUCCAGUUCUGCUCUACUCUCGCUGGCCGAGCGUCGAGCAUGGAAGGCCGGCGAGGCAAUUAAUAGGUUUCAAGAGCUUGCACUUGGAGGGCGGGGAGCAAAGGAAUGUGGUGUUCCCUUUGAGACCCUGCAAGCACCUCAGCAGAGCCAAGAGUGAUGGAACAAAGGUACUGGACAAAGGAUCUCACUUCCUGAUUGUAGGAGAACAGGAGCAUGAAGUUAGCAUCAGUUAUUAACUAUCUGAACAGCAA